UCACGCGACGACGGUGCCUCCUGGCUCCGGUGACUCCCAGGGAAGAGCGGCGCCGGCGAAGAACCGGCAGCCGGGCACUGGGCGGCCGGGCGCAGACGGGGCCGGUGGGGACCGGGCGCCUCGUGGCCGAGCAUGGCGGGCUCGCUGCCUCCCUGCGUGGUUGACUGCGGCACCGGGUAUACCAAGCUUGGCUACGCAGGCAACACUGAGCCACAGUUCAUUAUUCCAUCAUGUAUCGCCAUCAGAGAAUCUGCAAAGGUAGUUGAUCAAGCCCAGAGGAGGGUGUUGAGAGGCGUUGAUGACCUUGACUUUUUCAUAGGGGAUGAAGCCAUUGACAAACCUACCUAUGCUACCAAGUGGCCUAUACGUCAUGGCAUCGUUGAAGACUGGGAUCUUAUGGAGAGGUUCAUGGAACAAGUGGUCUUUAAGUAUCUUCGUGCUGAGCCCGAAGACCACUAUUUUUUAAUGACAGAACCUCCACUGAACACACCAGAAAACAGAGAAUACCUUGCAGAAAUCAUGUUUGAAUCAUUUAAUGUACCAGGUCUCUACAUUGCAGUUCAGGCAGUGCUGGCUCUGGCGGCCUCUUGGACAUCCCGGCAAGUUGGUGAACGCACACUGACGGGGAUAGUCAUAGACAGUGGAGAUGGUGUCACUCAUGUUAUCCCAGUGGCGGAAGGUUAUGUAAUUGGAAGCUGCAUCAAACACAUCCCCAUUGCAGGUAGAGAUAUUACGUAUUUCAUUCAACAGCUGCUAAGGGAGAGGGAGGUGGGAAUCCCUCCUGAGCAGUCGCUGGAGACAGCAAAAGCCAUUAAGGAGAAGUACUGUUACAUUUGCCCUGAUAUUGUCAAAGAAUUUGCCAAGUAUGACGUGGAUCCCCGGAAGUGGAUCAAACAGUACACGGGGAUCAAUGCGAUCAACCAGAAGAGGUUCAUUAUAGACGUUGGUUAUGAACGCUUCCUGGGACCGGAAAUAUUCUUUCACCCUGAGUUUGCCAAUCCAGACUUUAUGGAGUCCAUCUCGGAUGUUGUCGAUGAAGUCAUACAGAACUGUCCCAUAGACGUCCGUCGGCCGCUGUAUAAGAACGUCGUUCUUUCUGGAGGCUCUACAAUGUUCAGAGAUUUUGGACGUCGUCUGCAGAGAGAUUUGAAAAGAGUGGUGGACGCCAGGUUGAAGCUGAGCCAAGAGCUCAGUGGAGGCAGGAUAAAGCCCAAGCCCGUGGAGGUGCAGGUGGUGACACAUCACAUGCAGCGCUAUGCCGUGUGGUUCGGGGGCUCCAUGCUGGCCUCAACCCCGGAGUUCUUUCAGGUCUGUCACACCAAGAAGGACUACGAGGAGUAUGGCCCCAGCAUCUGCCGCCACAACCCCGUCUUUGGAGUCAUGUCCUAGUGUCUGCCUCGGAGCCAUCAUCGAUGACGGUGUCUUGCUGGGGAAUAAGUGUCCUUCAGAACCCAGAGCAGCCACGGCGCCUGUACAUAGCAGUGUGGAAUCGGUGUGUGAGCAGCGCCCCCUCAUCACCAGGGCAUGGGGCUGGGCGCGCUCUUCCCAUUAAGCCAUUUAUUCAGUGCGACUGUUCGUGGCCCUCCACCCAUGGCCCUCCUCUCCUUCCCCUUUCACCCUCUCUCCUUUCCACCUGAGCUUCUAGUUGACAAGUAAAGCUCCAAAGGAGUCCAUCCUCACAACCUUAGAAACCACUAGAGGAACCCGGAUGCAAAGUGGUUUCUCCAGAACAGAAUGUAGGGUGGAGGAACCCGGGCCCUCCCAGCCUAUUUUUGUAAAUAAAAUGUUAUAAACUUGAAAUACAAAUUGAUGUUUAUAUUUCCUAUCAUUUUGUAUUUUAUGGUAUUUGGUAUAACCGGCUAAUCCUGAGCAUGGGUAGGUCUGGACGUCAUGGAGUUCUGUACUAAAGUGCUUAAUUGUGAGGCAUCCUCUGAUGUAUGUAUAGGCCAACAAAGCAGCAGGCUUUCUGCCUCGUGUCUGCUGGGAAGUGAUCAUGGUUUUGGGGUGCUGUGAUGUCUGAGCACUAAGCAGUGUUGUGUGAGAGCUGCUAAAGAUGUCCCUGAGCUUCCUGGAUCUGUUUUCCAGAAGAUGAUGACGUACUGUUGCCGAGUGUGGAUGAAAUGCGAUCCGCUGUUGUAAUAAAAGCUGCUAGAACCUU